AGCUGUGGUGGAGCAGGUGAGCUCUGCGACAUGGCCAGUGGCAAGACCCCCCGGCCCAUGAGGUCCUCCAGAAGGGCGGAUGGAUUCCAGAGCAGAGUGGUAGCAUCUCGUAAUCCCAAGCUGGUCAGAGAGGCAGAAGAGUCUCUCAGCAGCAAGCAAAGGCUGGCGAGGCCUCGGGAGAUGAGGCGGCCCCGGACUGCCCAGCUUCGGGACAUGGGUGAAGUCUGCCAUCAAAAGUUCUCAGCCGUUGAGCGGGACCAGAGGUCGUUCCAGCCUUUCCCAUCCGAGGUGGUGUUUGAGAACUACAUUCCUCACCAGUUCUACAUAGCGUCGCUAGCUCUGAGGAACAAAGACAGGGUUCCUCGUCUGCUGAACGUCAUCCUGGGGAACUCUCCUUACUUUGAGUUGAUCAGCCCAAGUGAUGAGGACUAUAAGGUAGCCCCGGGCACGUCUUCAACCUACCGCAUCCUUUUCCGACCUGAUGAGAACAAGGAUUAUUUUGAGGAGCUUAUCAUCAUCACAGAGAGGGAGAAGUUCUUUGUGCCUAUCCGAGCCAUAGGUGCCCGAGCCAGCCUGGACUUCCCUGAGCAGCUGAACUUCUCUGAGUGUCCAGUCAGGUUCAGCACCCAGAAGACUCUGCUGGUGCGCAACGUGGGGAAGCGGGAGGCUUGCUACAGCAUCACCACUCUGAGCCCUUUCUCUGUGGAUCCCUCCAUUGGGACUCUUGGCGUUGGAGAAGCGAUGCAAGUCACGGUGGAAUUUCACCCACCAAAGACCGGUGUUUAUACAAGUCCCAUGAUUGUUCACUAUGACACUGGUGAAGAUGUUCACAAAAGCCUCUGUGGAACAGCUGUAAAUGCUGACAUCAGGCUUGACAAGAGCUCCUUGACAGUUGAGAAGACUUCCCUCACGCUGUCAAAGCAAAGUUCCCUGGUCAUCCACAACCAGAGUGGCAUCACGGCCCACUUCCAGUGGAAGCGUUUUGUUGAUGAGGAAGAGGAGGAGCGGCAGAAGCUGAGGCUGCAGAGGCAGGAAGAGGACAAGCUGGUUGAUGUUCCUAAGGAGCACGGGGUGGUCCCCCCUCUCAGAGAACACCCUUCCCUUCCCGUCUGCACCUCCCAGAGCCAGGGGACAGAGGUGCAGGGAGACUCCAUGCCUUUCUGCAGUGAUAUUUUCAGCAUUGUGCCCAUGCGCAUGUAA